GAUGCUUUCAGAGGUCGACGAAACCUCUCUUCGCUAAGUCUUAAUUUCAACGUCGAUGGAAUGAAGGUGUUUAAUGCUAGCACCAUCAACGUUUGGUCCGUGCUAGUUAAUGUGCAAGAAACACGCAAUAAACGGCCAAUGCCUGUGGCGAUUCACAGUGCGGAAAAAAGCCCGGAGACUUGGGGUCCUUCCUGUAUCCAGUGGUGCAGGAGUUAAAAAACUUGAUCACCAACGGGUUGUUGAUUGAAGGGCGAACCAACCGGCACGAGCGUUUAUAAAAGGUGUUUUGAACUACAAUUCCAUAUAUGGAUACCUGAAAUGUGAAGCUAAAGGCCACUCUGUAGGAAACGUAACAGUGGCAGGCGCUGCAAGGACAGAUGCAAAAUUUCAUCUGGGUGUCUACUGCGACCCUUGCAAGACAACAACACCGCUACUGGAGAUUUAUUAGAAUAGAUUUAGGAAUAAUGAAACGGCUUCUGAGCGGAAGGAAAGAUGGAAGCCUAGGUUUUGAGGCCAAAUUAACUGCCCAGCAAAUAACCGAAAUUUCCAAUAUUUCGACAUCUGUUGAUCUUCCAAGUGAAAUUCAUAGAAAACAACGUGGUUUGAAUUGUUUGGGUUAUUGGAAAGGAAGUGAAUUUAGCAGCUUUUUACACUAUACUAGUUUAAUUUUUCUAGAAGGUAAUGUUGCAGAUAGCGUUUUUGAGCAUUUUUUACUUUUUUUCUGCUCGAUCACAUUAUUUUCGACCUCUUAUUAUAAAAAAUAUUGGACUACUGCCUCAAAAAUGCUAGAACAAUAUGUCGUGCCUUCGGAAGAUCUAUAUGGAAGCCGUUAUAUAACGAGCAACGUUCACAACCUGCUACAUGUUGCUCAGGAGGUUUAUCGAUUUGCUCCGUUGAGCACCCUAUCUGUCUACCCUACAGAAAAUGCGUUAGGCCUUAUGAAGGGAUUGAUACGGCAUGGGUAUAGGAUUUUAGAGCCGGCAGUAAAUCGACUAUCAAAAAUAGAAGAAGAAGGGAAUGAAACAAUGGAAGAAAAAACAUAUCCUAUAAUUAAUUUAUGCGCUAAUCGUAAACAGGAACUAGUGGAUGAAAAUUUCAUUCUUGAUUGUAUUCGCAAGAAUUCAUUCUUUUCGACAAAAGAUAACAAAAUUAUCCAACUUAAAAAAGUAGAACAACGAACCGGUCAGCCUAUAGAACUAUUUGGCAACGAAUUUCUAUCUAAAACAGAUCGAUUUUCAACGCCAAUACAUGUUAGCGACAUAAGAUGUAAACUAGCAGCUUUAGAUUAUAAGAAUGAUAAUUAUUUAAUGGUUCCUGUAGUACAUACAUUAAGAUAA